AUGGGUUGCUCCAAGUCUAAAGUGGACAAUGAGGAGCCCGUGAGGCGCUCCAAGGACAGGAGGCAGCUCAUGAAGCAGCUCGUGCGCCGCCGCCCUGAGCUUGCAGCUGCGCACAUUGCAUACCUGCACGCCCUCCGCAACACAGGAGCCACCCUCCGGCAAUUUGUGGAGCUGGAGUCUGCAUUGUCACAGCAGCCUCCCGUAGACCUUGCGGCGCCGCCCUCACCUACUCCACAGCAGCCGCCUCCUCCUCCUGAACCCUCAGUGACAUCCUCAUUGCCACCCUCGCCACACCCCCCACCGCCUCUCCCUUUUAGUCCAAUAACCAUCAUUAGGAAGAUGGAGAAGAGAGAUAAUGAGCUGCCACCACCACCUCUGGUUUUGAGUCGAAUAAGAUUAAGAAAGAGGGAUGAUGAGCUCCAUGUGGGUGAUUUUACUGAUGAUGAUGAUGACACCGACAGCUGCUCAACUCCUCUACCACCACCCCUGCCACCCGGCAUAGAUUGGGAGGACUUGGAUCCCUACAAUGUGCGCUGCUUGAGUUUCCCAUCUCCAUUUGCUGAUAGGAACGAUAAAGAAGUGGCCUCGCAGGUUACCAUGGACAAUGAUCCUGAGGUAGACACAGAAUUUGAUGGAGAGGAGGAUGAAAGUGUGCUUGGCAAUGAUGACGGCAUUGUGGAUAGGGUCCAUGUGAAUCCAGCCAAGGGUAGGGCUCUGGGUGAUGGCAACUCUUCAAUGGUGAGCUGGGUGACAAAGGAUUCAGACUCUAUGGCGGUGCCUUGGAGGAGUAAGAAGUCACUUGUAGAGAUUGUUAAGGAGAUUGAUGAGUACUUCUUGAAAGCAGCAGCAACUGGGAAUGACGUUGUGGUUCUUUUGGACUCUGCUGGUGGGCGGCCUGAUGCCUUAGAGAUAGAGGCAAAGAAAGGUGCAGGAAAAAAUUCCAAAUCUGCAAAGGUUUUCUCCACGCUUUCUUGGAGCUGGUCUUUGAAAUCUCAGCAGGCUAACAGCGAAUCCUCAGUUCUGAAUUCUAGUGAUUCCUCUGGAUAUGGUUACCAUGGCAAGACGCUGGAGAAGCUUUACGAUGAGGAGCAAAAACUCUACAAGUUAAUCAAGGAUGAAGAAUUUGCAAGGCUCCAGUAUAAGAAACAUGUCUCAGUGCUACAAAAGCUAGAAUCAGGGGAGCAUGAUAGACUGCAUGCAGAAAGAGUUCGGGAUGCUAUUGAAGAACUGCAAACUAGGAUAAUCUCAUUGGAGGAAGCUGUGAGUUUGGCGUGUUUUUCCAUAUCAAAUCUCAGAGAUGAGGAAUUAUAUCCUCAGAUUAUUGAACUAUCUGUUGGGCUUGUGCAUAUGUGGAGAAACAUGUCCGAGUGCCAUCAGAUCCAGAACCAUAUUGCCCAGCAAGUUAGUCUCCUUGGCAACAUACCUGGGAGUGAACCAACAAGUGACAGUCAUUGCCAGGCAACAUCUCAGCUGGAAAUUGAGGUGUCUGGAUGGCACAAUGCCUUCUGCAAUCUCAUCACAUUGCAGCGUGAAUACAUUAGCAUCCUUAACCAAUGGAUUAGUCUCACAGGCUGCCUUCCAGAUGAUGGUGGCUUAAUGAGAAGUUCAUCUGGAAUCCGUAGCCUCUCCGAGGAACUCCAGCGUGCUCUUGACAGGCUACCGGAGAAGGUAGCAGCUGAAGCAAUAAAGACCUUUAUGUCAAUCAUACACUCUAUAGUUGUACAGCAGAGUGAGGAGCGCCAACUAAAGAAGAAGUCAGAUAACAUGGAUAGCAAGUUCCAGACCCAGUUAGAGAAACACAGUGAAAAUGCAAUGCAAAACUCAGCCCAGCCUCCAAAUAAGAAUCACUAUUCAGUAUCAAAGAAUGAAACGAAACUGGAUGCAUUUAAAAAGCAGGUUGAGGAGGAGAAGGCCAGAUACCUAACCUCUGUGAGAGUAAGCCGAGCCAUGACACUGAACAAUCUGCAGACAAGCCUUCCAAAUGUGUUCCAUGCUCUGGAGGAAAUGUCGGAUGAUGAUUCUUUGCUAGAGUACAGUGAAAUUGUUAUGAAGAUGUUUGGCAGUGAGGACGACGGAUUUGAGUUUUAUAACAACUACGCUUAUGAGAAAGGAUUUAGUGUGAGAAAGGAAUACUGCGAGUGGGACAACGGCCACAAUGAGAGGACCCUUCGAAAGUUUGUUUGCAGUUGUGAAGGUUUCCGCGCAGAGAAGGAGGUGAGGAGGGAGAUCAAGAAGCGGAGGCCGCGGAAUAUCACUCGUUGUGGAUGCCGUGCUCAACUUGUGAUUGCACAGGAUCCGAACACAGAGCAGUGGUAUGUGAAGGAUUUCAUCGACGAGCACAACCAUCCGAUGACGGAACCAGACCUUGCUUGCUUUCUGCAUUCACAUAGAAGAAUCAGUGAUGAUCAGAAAGCAGAGAUUGUGCAGCUGCAGAUUUCUGAGAUCCGCAAACACCAGAUAAUGGAUAUUAUGGUUAGGCGGUACGGUGGGUAUGAUAAGGUUGGAUUUACAUCAAGGGACAUUCACAAUUUCUGCCAUUGCAACAAGGCGGAGACACUUUCCGGUGGUGAUGCUCGAACAAUCAUCAGUUACAUGACAGAAUCGAAACGUAGAGAGCCUGAUUUAUUUUUCCAGUACAAGACUGAUGGGAGAGGGCACCUGACGGGACUGCUCUGGUGUGACUUUCAAUGUCAGAUGGAUUAUAGAGCAUUUGGUGAUGUCGUCGUGUUUGAUGGCACGUACAAAACGAAUCGAUAUAACCUGACCCUUGUUCCUUUUGUUGGGGUGAAUCACCAUAAAAGCACGGUUCUUUUUGCCUGUGGAAUUCUUUCUCACGAGGAUACUGAGUCGUAUGUGUGGCUGCUUAGGUCAUUCUAUGAUGCCAUGAUUCAGAAGCAUCCGGUUUCUGUGAUCACCAAUGGAGACCGUGCUAUGCAGAAAGCAAUCAGUAUUGUGUGGCCGAAUUUAUCGCAUAGGCUAUGCGUAUGGCAUAUUGAGGAAAUGGAUAGCAUUCUUGGCAAAGGAGAAGUUAUAGAUAAGGACUCAUGGUUGUACCAGAUGUAUGAGAUGAGGGAAAUCUGGUGUGCGGCGUAUCAUGCUGGUAAGUGCUACUUAGGACUGAGGAGCAACCAGCGUAGUGAGAGCCUACACUCUAGGAUUCAGUUUAAUCUAGAUCGGAAAAUGACAUUGUUAGAGCUGAUACAGCACGUUGACCACUGUCUUUCAAAGUUGCGCAGUAAUGAAGCGUAUCUGGACUUUCAAGCAAGUUCUAAGCCAUGCUUACAACCAGAUGCUUCAACUAUUGAGAAAGAGGCUGCGAAUUUGUUCACACCAAGUGUUUAUUUUGCUGAUGUGCAGUACAGCGUAAAAGCAACCGACAAGUGUUAUUGGAUUGAGACUUAG